UUUAAUAGUAUUGAUGUCCAUUAAUUGUUACUGUAAAUAAUCAAUUUUGUGACCUAAAGUAAAUUAUCUGAUUUCUAUGAGAGAGUUGAAGAUUUGUUCAUCGCAGAAAAACAAUUAUGUCCGAUGUAUCAGUUGGAGUGAGAAAACCCUGCAGAAUUUGUGGUAGACAGUUUGUUCCAGAAUCAUUGGCCAAGCAUGAACCUAUUUGUAGAAAGACUGCAGCAAAAAAGCCUAAAGUAUUUGAUUCAGCCAAACAAAGGGCUGAGGGUACAGAAGUCAGCUAUAAACAGAUAAAACAGUCUCAGAAAAAGGUUGUAAAACCUCCAAAAUCCAACUGGAGAUUGCAGCAUCAAGACUUUAUCAAUACUGUGAGAGCAGCUAGGGGUGUAACACAGGCUUUAGAAAGAGGAGAUCCCCUACCUCCUCCUCCCCCUCCUUCCAUUAACCCAGAUUAUGAGCAAUGUCCUUACUGUGCCAGAAGAUUUAAUGCAAAAGCUGCUGAGAGGCAUAUAAACUUUUGUAAGGAACAACAAUCUAGGAUACCUAACCGGGCAACUAAGGGUGAUCCCAAUGCUAAAGCUAAAAUGAUGGCUCGUAACACGUAUCAGGCACCUAAGCCAAAGACAAAAGCAAGCCCAGGAGGAGCAGGAGAUAGUCCAGGGUAUGGCAGGGCACCAGCAUCUCAACCAGGAGUUGGUAGAACACCCCCUGGUGCUAGUAAUGGUUACGGUAGAGGUGGUGCCAGCACUAGAGGGCGUUCUACUGGAACAACAUCAUAUCAGGACAUCCAUGAGGAGCAAGCUAUAGAUCCACAGCCACACAAACCAUGGGCCAACCGUGUGUCUUUUCGACCAAGUUUUUUAGAACCUGUCGAUGAAUUUGUUCACACGGAAAAUGCAAAUAUUGAUGAGGCACAAGAUUACUCUGACAAUCAAAGUAACGGUCACGACAAUGGAAUGAAUGCAGGGAAGGCAUUACGCACUGGCAGAGGUGGGCGAAUUUACCAAGAGGCAAAACGGGACAUUAAAUCUGCCAGUAAACUGGGUUCCUCCAAUUCUUUGUUAAGUCGAAGAAUAAAGUCAGCGGACGCUAUGGGAGGUAGUAAGUACAGCCCUGGCGGUAGUACGGGCGGGAAAAUUUCUAUUCACGGUGGCGGAAAUCUUAAAGAAGCAGAAUCUGGUUACUAUAGCAGCAGCUCAGAAACAGAACAUGUCAACUUACAGUUCCAGCGUCGUAUCUCUAGUGCUAACUCAACUUCCUCAACUCAUCACCAACAUCACCAACAUCAUCACUCUAGCUCACAGCCUCAGAACAUGCCUAAGUUUUGUCAUGAGUGUGGAAACAAAUAUCCCAUUCAGAAUGCCAAAUUUUGUUGUGAAUGUGGUAUGCGACGGAUUGCCAUGACAACUUAGAUAUAGUUUUAAAAUUAUAGUUUGUUAAUGAAUUACGAAAAAAUUUAUAUAUUUUGUUAAUGUUUGAACUAAUUAUACAGAUAUAAUAAUGAAAACCUGUACUAGGUAACAGAGAGCUUUUAAUAACACCUGCUAUGAAGAAAACAUAGACAGCGAAGAUAAAAGCCUUUGUAGACCUAUCUGAAUAAGAAUUAACUGCGAUAUUUCUAUAAGUUUGUUAUUGAUACAAGACUUGAAACAUCACAUUACAAACGAUAAACCUAGCUGAAAAAUCUGAGUAUAGAUUGCUCAUCAAUAGCUUUUAAUUCUACUGGUAUCUGAACCAUAGUUUUUUUGGAUGGUUACAGUUAGGUGUAUCCUCACCUCAAACCUCAAAAAUCCAAUAAUUCUUCUGGUAUUUUUUAACCAUAGUACUUUGGAUGGUUACAGCUAGAUGUAUCCUCAAUAAUACAAUAAUUCUACUGAUAUCUGAACCAUAGCACUUUGGAUGUUAACAGCUAGGUCAGCCUAGGCAUAUCCAAAAUUAUCCAACAAAUUGUGUUCAUAAGCUGACAUUAUAUUGUAGACAUCUGUCACUACAUAGGCUGACAUUAUAUUGUAGAUACUUGAAAUAUCAAAAAGUUGUUCAGUAUGCAUUGCUUAUUCAGAUGAUCAACUUGCCAUAUUUUUUAUAUUUUUGUACAAUUUUAACAUUUGCCUUCACAAAAAAUAACAUUGGCAAUGAUAAGAACUAGAUUGGGUGUUCUGUUCUUGAGCUGCCACCAGUUGUAAUGUGAUCAUUAUUUAUUUGUGUGUUUUUGUGUUGAUAGCUUGUAUUAUUCAGGUAUUUUGUGAUAUUAAUGUAUGUAAAAAAUAUUGCUGCUUAAUUUAUUAUGUAUUUCAAUAGGUUGCUUCAUAUGAAUUUAGUUGCUGUCUUUUGUUAUUCUCUAAUUGCUGUUAUGAAUCAGAGAUGAAUCUGUUCGUCUUUUUAGUGGAUUUCUGCUAUUUUAAAUUACGAUUUGUCCAUCAUGAUUUAUCAAUUCUAUACCAAAUCAGCCAUUUUGAAUGAACAAUAUUUUAUCUGUGUGGAAUUUUCAAAUUUCUCAUUUGUAAUGUGAUUAAAGAAUUUAUUGAUUGAUUGGUUGAUUAGUGUUUGCUUUACGCCGCCUCAGCACAAAAAGGCUAUAUUGCAGCGAGCAAUUUUUUUUUUAAAGAAUUAAAGAAUUGAGAAUUUUUUUAAUUCAAAUAUAUUGCUCACUUGAAAAUAUGCUUAAAAUUCUCAGAUCUUUUCAUUUUUUCAAUCACACUUUUAUUAAUAUUAUGUCAGGCCGUCUUUUCUGUAUGUUUAAUAUUUUUAUUAAAUCGGUUAGCUACAUAUGAAAGCCUGUCUCCAGUUGGAGUGGUCUAAGAAUAGGCAAAAGUUUUAGACCCUCCUCUGUGUCCCCCACCACCUAAAUGGACAAAGAGUUAUCUUCUUUAACAAGAGGUAUGUCUACCUUCUUAAACAUAUGGAAAAUUAAAAGUAUUGAAACUUAAUCAUCCACAGGUUUGUUGAGUUCAUUGUGCUUUAUAGAUGUAGAAAGGGAGACUACUGGCUUUGUAACUUUAUAAUAAUUUAUUAACACACAAAAUGACAGAAUUACUUUUUAAAGAUUUGUAUUGAAGAAUGAACACAGCAAUAGAGCAAUUAAAACAAUCUUUAGGUGUAAUGAAAAUUUUUUGAAUAUUAAUGUUUUUCCAAUAAUUUAUUUUUUUUUUUAAAUGAAAAUGAAUACAAUAUUACCUGACAAUCUAAAUCAUAUUCGUUUAUUUUUAUGCUCAUAAGUGAUAAGUAACCUUUAGAUUUUAAAUAAUAUCUAAUAAUUAUUUUUGUUAAAUUGAGUUUUUUUUGUGUUUUGCAAUUUUGUCUGAUUUAGUUUUAUCUUCUCUCUGUGUUAAACACAGAAUGUUAGAUUAUCUUUAUUUGAAAGAAAUGUAUUUUUUUCUUCACCAAGUGAAAAGUUUAUUUAUUAUGUGAUAAAACAGAUCAUAUUGCUUUAUAUGUAAAAUGUAAUUGUGUUACAUUAAUCAUAUGAUAUUAUAUAUUAAAGAGAGAUUUGAAUUCUGAUAGGAGAUACUGACUCAAUAUUAUACAUCUUAGGCAUUUCACUAAUGUGGUGAUACAUUUUUUCCGUCCAAUUAUUUAUUGCAAAAAUAUUUAUUAGCUAACUGGGGCAUAUAAUGUUUAUUGAUGUUCAAAUUGAAUCUGUCUUUCUAAAUUUCAGUAUUAUAUUUUUUGCAAUCUCCAUUUGCAUGCAUUUGGUUAUAUUGGCAAAAUACUGUCUUGGGUAGAUAAAAAUGGAAACAUUUUGAAAACCAAAGAAAUUUUACAACUGAACUAUUUGACUGUGCAUUAAUGUAAUUUGUGCAAACAUCUCUUGCUGGUUUGUUAGAUGAAUCAUUGAUUCUUCAGUCAUCAUUUUGUUAAGUGUAAUUUGAUUGGCUUGUUAUAACUCAUAUUACUCUUUCAAUAUGCAGUAAACAAAGGCAACAUCGAUUUCAGGGUCCAGAAAGUAAACAAGUAUUGUAUAAAACUUAAUUACAUUGUUCUUUUGUAUUCAUUAGUGUAUAUUAGCUACAAGAAGCUAUUUUUGGAAAAAAAGUUGAUAUAUAUCAGUUACUUUUGAAAUGACCUUCAUUAACCAGUACUAAAUAGAUUUUCAUGAAAUGUAAAAGAAGAAAAGUAUGAAAUGAUUCCUUUAAAUGAAAUUGAGAAUGGAAAUGGUGAAUGUGUUAAAAAGACACAACAUUUCUACACUAUUUUAACUCAUUCAAAAGGUAAUAAACAAAGCUAGCAUUGAUUUUAUGGUCCAGCAAGCUAACAAGUGUCAUUAUUCUGUGUACAUAAUAAAGUAUUUUAGCUGUAAGCAGCUGUUUUGUUUGAAAGUUGAAUGAUAAAUAUCACUUACUGUUAAAAUGACCUUCGUAAAUCAGUUCUAAGUAGAUCUUAAUUGAUCGAAUGUGAUAGAAAAGGUAUGAAAUGAUUCCUUUAGACAACAUUUCUACACAAUUUUUACUAUUCCAAAAAGUAAUAAACAAACCUAGCAUUGAUUUUAGGUUCCAGCAAGCAAACAAGUUUAUUUGUUUAAAAGCUGAAUGAUAAAAGUCAGUUGCUGUUAAAGUGACCUUCAUUAGACCACCCUUAACAAAUACUUUGUUUGAUGUUGCCAACCCAUGCCUUGUAGGGUUGGAUAGGUAAUUAGGGAAUUUUCUUUUUUGCCAACAACAUAAGUUACAUGUUUUAGACAAGAAAACAAUGUUAGAACAGGAUAAAAACUUAAAAACCCUUUUGGUGGGUAGGUAGGCAAGAUCAAACAAUUCUUAUUUUAUUUUUGGCCUUCAAUGAAUGAGUUCUGAAUAGAUUUUAAUCGAAUGUAAAAGCUCUUCUAAGAAAAGGUAUGACACAAUUUCUGAAGACAAUAACUUGCACAUUGCACAUGUUUGAACAUUGCAGUAAGAUAAAUAUUUAUAUUAAAUAUAAGAUUUAUAUUAUUACAUCAUUGCUAUUUUUAGAUCUUGUUUGUUUUUCUUGUCAUCAUUCCAAUGAUUAUAUAUAUAUCUUGCACAGCUGUUUUAUUUUGAUGGUCGUAUUUUGCUUUACAAUAUAUCUGUUACAAUUAAAUGAUACACAUAGUCA